UCUGUGCCACCAGAGGACACGCCCCUUGUCUUUAAAAGCUGUGGAACCAUCUGCUGAGAUUUUACUUUAUUCUGUGAGGGAUGUUAGAUAUUUAUUAAGCAGUAAGAGAGCUGUUUUUGGGAUUAGACUUUUUUAUAUAUAUAUUUUUUCUCUAAGUCAUGAUGACUGGAAUGUGUGUUAGAGCAGCAGCUCUGGUCCUGGUGCUGCAGCAGCUGGUGCUCAUCAUCACCGCUCAGGGUAUCGUCUACGACCUGCUGGUGUCUCCAGACUGCCUGCCAGACUUGCUCCAAGGAAGCUUGAAGAACAAAGGUCGGGACGAAGCAUUUCUCCUCUCGUCCUUUAGGCUCCAGAACAAGGCCCCCACCUCCCUCUUUAGUGUGAUUAACCCCAAAGACAACAACAAGUACCUGGAGCUCAGUGUGCAAGCCAAACUGAGCAAAGUGACUCUUCGAUACCAGAAGACUGAUGGGAGAUUUGGUACCACCAGUUUCAACCACGCAGCCCUGGCAGAUGGACGAGAGCACCACGUCAUGCUCCAUGCCAGAGGCCUUCAGCGGGGCCCCCCUCGCCUUAACAUCUACGUUGACUGUAGACUGGCUCACACUUUAAAUGAUCUGCCAGCUGCGUUUGGGUCGCUCCAGCCGGGCCCCAACAAGGUGGCGCUCAGGACCUUGCAGUCGAGUGGACAGAAUGAGCUGACAGACUUGAAGCUGGUUAUUGAGGACACCAUAGACAACGUGGCCACUCUGCAGGACUGCAGCGUGGAACCAGCUGAAUCUCUGCACCUGCUGGGUAUCCAGGGAGGCGGCGGGGUGCAAGACCAAACCACCACACAGGAGCUGAAGAACAUGCUGACUGAGAUGAGGGAGUUGCUAAACCAACAGAUUAAAGAAACAAAUUUCCUGAGGAAUACCAUUGCAGAGUGUCUGGCCUGUGGACUUGAAGGACGCCCCAGUGACCCAGAUCCGGCUCCGAGUCCUGGUCAGGUGAUCCUACAGCCUCAGCCUCUGACUCAGUGCCCACCAGGAACCUGCUUCAGACAAAACAUGUGCAUUCGUUCAGAGUCAGGUGGCUUCACGUGUGCUCCCUGCCCUGAUGGAUACACGGGAGAUGGAGUUCACUGUGACGAUGUGGAUGAGUGCAAGUUUAACCCGUGUUUUCCUGGUGUCCGGUGUGUGAACACUGCUCCCGGUUUUCUCUGUGAGAAAUGUCCUCUGGGAUACAGCGGGCCACAAAUAAACGGCGUUGGUGUGUCUUACGCUAAGUCACACAAACAGGUGUGUAAUGAUUUGGACGAGUGUCUGAGCCCACCUGAGAGUGGAGGCUGCACAGCCAACUCCCACUGCUACAACACCGUGGGCUCUUUCCGCUGCGGCGAGUGUAAGGCUGGCUUCACAGGUGACCAGGUGAGAGGUUGCCAUGGCACCAGGCUUUGUCCUAACGGUCAGCCCAGUCCCUGUGACAUCAACGGAGAGUGCAUUGUGGAGCGAGAUGGCAGCAUCAGCUGUGUGUGUGGAGUUGGUAUGGCUGGUAACGGUUACGUCUGUGGGAAGGAUACGGAUAUCGACGCGUAUCCCGAUAAUAAUCUCCAGUGCAGAGACAACACCUGUAAUAAGGACAACUGUAUGUUUGUCCCCAACUCUGGCCAAGAGGACGCAGACAGGGACGGAACCGGGGAUGCCUGUGAUGACGACGCAGACAAUGACAGCAUCAUCAACAUAGAUGAUAACUGCUGGCUGGUUCCUAACGUCGACCAGAGGAACAGCGAUAAGGAUGUCCACGGGGACGCCUGCGACAACUGUAGGACUAUGGAAAAUCCAUCACAGAGGGACACAGACCAGGACGGUCUUGGGGACGAAUGUGAUGAUGACAUGGAUGGAGACGGUCUGAAAAACUUUCUUGACAACUGCCAGCGAGUUCCAAAUCCCGACCAGCGGGACAGAGACAGUGAUGGAGUUGGAGAUGCCUGCGACAGCUGUCCUGACAUGCCCAACCCGAACCAGUCGGACUCAGACGAUGACCUCGUUGGAGACACCUGUGAUGACAACAUUGACAGUGAUGGUGAUGGCCACCAGAACACAAAGGACAACUGUCCCACAGUCAUCAACUCCUCUCAGCUGGACACGGAUAAGGAUGGAAUGGGAGACGAAUGUGAUGAUGAUGAUGAUAAUGACGGGAUACCAGACAAUGAUGACAAUUGCAGAUUGGUGGCCAACCUCGACCAAAUGGACUCAGACAUGGACAAAGUUGGAGAUGCGUGCGAAGGAGACUUUGACAAGGACAACGUGAUCGAUAUGAUCGACCACUGUCCGGAGAACGCAGAGGUCACGAUGACCGACUUCAGAGCCUAUCAGACCGUAGUGCUGGAUCCAGAGGGGGAAUCGCAGAUAGACCCCAACUGGGUGGUGCUCAACCAGGGAAUGGAGAUAGUCCAGACCAUGAACUCUGACCCAGGCCUUGCUGUAGGCUAUAAAGCCUUCAGCGGUGUCGACUUUGAAGGAACGUUCCAUGUCAACACGGUGACAGAUGAUGAUUACGCUGGCUUUAUUUUCGGCUAUCAAGACUCAUCCUCAUUCUACGUGGUGAUGUGGAAACAGACAGAACAAACCUACUGGCAGGCUGCGCCCUUCAGAGCUGUGGCUGAGCCGGGAAUACAACUCAAGGUGGUGAAGUCAAAGACAGGUCCAGGUGAGUAUAUGAGGAACUCUCUCUGGCACACAGGAAACACCACCGACCAGGUGCGUCUCCUCUGGAAAGAUCCAAGGAACGUCGGCUGGAAAGACAAGGUGUCCUACCGUUGGUUCCUCCAGCACAGACCACAAGUUGGAUACAUCAAGGCUCGCUUCUACGAGGGCUCAAGGCUGGUGGCGGACACAGGGGUGAUAAUUGACACCAGUAUGAGAGGCGGGCGACUGGGUGUGUUCUGCUUCUCCCAGGAAAACAUCAUCUGGUCCAAUCUUAAAUACCGCUGCAACGACACCAUUCCUGCUGAUUACGAGGAUCUGUCGAGAACAGAGUGAGGACGGUCAGAGGAAGUAGUGUUGCAUAAAAAAUUGAGCUAAAAUUAAGAUGUUUCGAGAUAAUCACUAGAAAAAAGUUGGUUUAAUGUAACAGACAUUUUGUUUAAUCAUGAAAUAUCAGGUUUUAUCCACAUUUUAGCUUAAAUGUAGCUUUUAAAAAGAUUUGUACAAAUAUGGUAUAACUUUAUAUUUUGCUAAAUUAAACUCAUUUUCCUGUGUAUACAACAUUAACAGUAAAGAGACAGACUCUACUGUGUUUCUGGGAUGUUUUAUUGAAAGAAUGAGUCACGUCACCUUCAUCUUUGUAUUUCAGACAUAACAUUUGGUCAAACUCAACAUGGAUCGUUUUGCUUUCUGCUUCUACAGUAGCUUAGUAUAUAUUGUUUACACUUUUUAAGUUCAAAAGCACCUUUAAAUUUCUACAUUCAUUUUUUUUAAAUGCAGACAUGAGAUGACACAUUGAACAGGUUUAAAGCAAAAAAAAAAAAAAAAAACUAAAA